AUGAAGUUAACACUCACAGCUGCUUUGGCGACCAUCGCCGCCCACGAAGUCGCGGGACAUGCUUUGUUCCAGCAACUCUGGCCGCACGGCGCCUCCUGCAUCCGCAUGCCCAUGUCCAACUCCCCCAUCACCAACGUUAACAGCCGCGACUUCGUCUGCAAUGCCGGCACCCGCCCCGUGAGCGGCAAGUGCCCCGUCCGCGCAGGCGGUACCGUCACUGUCGAAAUGCAUCAGCAGCCCGGCGACCGCUCAUGUAAUAACGAAGCCAUUGGCGGCGCUCACUGGGGGCCCGUGCAAGUCUAUCUGUCCAAGGUCCCUGACGCUACCACGGCUGAUGGCGCCUCGACGGGAUGGUUCAAGAUCUUCUCCAACUCAUGGUCCAAGAAGCCUGGUAGUAGGUCAGGAGACGACGACAACUGGGGCACGCGCGACCUGAACGCAUGCUGUGGCAAGAUGGACGUCAAGAUUCCCGCCGACCUCCAAGACGGAGAUUAUCUGCUCCGCGCAGAGGCCCUGGCGCUGCAUACCGCCGGACAGGCGGGUGGCGCGCAGUUCUAUAUCUCGUGCUACCAGAUCACUGUCUCGGGAGGAACGGGCACGGCUAGUCCGUCACUCGUCCGCUUCCCGGGGGCAUAUGGUGCCAAUGAUCCAGGGAUUAUGAUUAAUAUCCAUUCGGCGCUUGAUAAUUACAUUGCGCCUGGGCCGCCGGUGUACGCAGGAGGGACGACGAAGGUUGCUGGCUCGGGCUGUGCUGGGUGUGAGUCAACUUGCAAGGUUGGGUCGUCACCAAGUGCUCAGGCGCCAACAUUUGAGCCGGUUGGCGGCGGUACUGCCGGUGUGCCAGAGGCCUCCUCAUGUCAAGUACAGCCUUAUGGGCAGUGCGGUGGUCAGGGGUAUACUGGGUGCACGCAGUGCGCAUACAUCGAUGAAGAGACGCUGUCGAUCAUCCCUGUGCUCUUUCUUUCUCACUGGUCCAUUGGAAGCUCUUCCAUCAAGAUGGCUUUGAUGAUGUUAAAAUUCCUCUUGACGGUAGCUGCUGGAUUAACAGCGGCUCAAGAUCAGAGUGCGAAUGGAGGGCAUACACUGCCACGACUUGCGACAUACGUGGAUCAGAUUCGAGCCACUGUCCUUGAUUCAGUCCCUCCUCCGUCUGACGACGGCGCAUUUCAGGUCUUCGUCCCCCCUGGAACUACACUGCAAAAACUUCUCGACAAGCCAUUCCACUUCUAUGAUCCGGAGUUUUACACGGUCACUGGGCCCAAUCCAACACUGACCCUGCUGAACCAUACAAACGGUGACCUCCUGUUUCACGAGGCACCAGUGUGGUUUCCGGAAACAGAUGAGAUGUUUUUUUCACAGAAUGCAGGUGCCCCUGCUGCCGGUACAGGCCUCAACAAGUCAGCAAUACUUCUUAAGAUUUCACUUUCUUCGAUCACCCCAGAGAUCACUCAGAAGAGAAAUGCGAGCGGCUCAGUUUUUAUAGAGGUUGUGGAUUCAGACCCGCAGGUCAUUAACCCCAAUGGAGGCACCAAUUACAAGGACCAACUACUCUUCCUCGGCGAGGGGCAAGGAGAGGCCAUUACUCCGGCUAUAUACCUAAUGAAUCCUAGGCCACCAUACAACACCACAGUCAUCCUCAACAACUUUUUUGGCCGGCAGUUCAAUUCUCUCAACGACGUCUCUAUCAAUCCUCGCAAUGGUGAUAUCUAUUUCACUGACCCCACGUACGGCUACCUUCAGGAUUUCCGACCUCCUCCCGGGCUGCCAAAGCAAGUGUAUCGCUUUAGCCCUGACAGAGGAGCUGUUGCAGCAGUGGCCGAUGGGUUCUCUCAGCCAAAUGGCAUAGUCUUCUCCCCUGACGGAGCUUACGCUUAUGUCACCGAUACAGGAAUGGUCCAGGCCUUUUAUGGAGUCAUUCUCGACAACCCCGCCACCAUUUACCGCUUCGAUGUCAAGGAAGACGGCAGUUUCGAUAACCGCAAGGUAUUCGCUUAUGUCAGUCCAGGUAUCCCUGAUGGAAUCCAUGUUGACACGAAUGGCAACGUGUACACGGGAUGUGGUGAUGGCGUGCAAGUUUUCAACCGGUUCGGCACCCUCAUCGGCAAGAUAUUCAUUGGACACACGGCAGCAAACUUUCAGUUUGCAGGGAAGGGACGAAUGGUAAUUCUGGCGGGAACAGAGCUGUACUACGCGACACUGGCCGCCGAAGGGGCAUUCCCUGGCCAGCUUUAUCAGUAUACCUCUGAUUAA